GCUAUAAUAGUAAUUAUUUUCAAGGUUUUUACUACAUUUAAUAGUUAUACUUGUAUAAAAUUAAUAUUUUCUUUCAUCAGAUGUAUGAACGGACUCUGGAAACGUACUAAUUGUUUGGACUUGCUCGAGGCAAACAAUCUGAUAGAAUAGAAGAAACACAUCACAAGUGAAGAAGUCGCUAUGUGAUCAGCAAGUCAAAGUUACUUGCAUUUUGAAAGAGGAUAAAAGUAAAUAUUGAAGAUGGGAGACUCAGACAUUACUUAUGGGUCGACUAUGUCGGCAGAGUCAAUGAAGGUGAUUGCUGAAAGUGUAGGUAUCGCGACCCUCGGCGACGACGCUGCUAAAGAUCUCAGUGACGACGUAUCAUAUCGACUCAAAGUGAUCGUGCAGGAUGCCAUGAAGUUUAUGCAUCACUCCAAAAGACAAAAACUAUCCAUCACUGAUAUUGACCAUGUGCUUAAGGCUAAAAAUUUUGAGCCUCAAUAUGGAUUUGUUCAGCCAGAUUCAUUACCCUUCAGAUUUGCAUCUGGGGGUGGGAGGGAAUUACAUUUUAUAGAAGAGAAAGAAAUUGAUUUAAAUGAAAUUUUGUCAGCACCUCCACCAAAGAUUCCAUUAGAUGUUUCUCUGCGAGCUCAUUGGUUAAGUGUGGAUGGUGUGCAGCCAACUGUGCCUGAGAACCCGCCCCCACUUUCCAAGGAAUCCCAAAAACUGGAGUCAGUUGACCCCAUCAGCAAACUCAGUAAACCUGUCAACAAGGAUUCAGCAGGUAAACCAAUAUGCGGGAAGGCAGCACGGUUGAAGGCUUCCGAGUCAGUGCAUGUGAAGCAGCUGGCCACGCACGAGCUGAGCGUGGAGCAGCAGCUCUACUACAAGGAGAUAACUGAGGCGUGCGUCGGCAGCGACGAGGGGCGCCGCGCGGAAGCCUUGCAGUCUCUGGCGUGCGACCCGGGGCUGCACGAAAUGUUGCCGCGGAUGUGUACUUUCAUUUCUGAGGGUGUCAAAGUCAAUGUUGUGCAAAACAACCUAGCAUUGCUGAUCUAUUUGAUGCGGAUGGUCAAAGCGUUGCUGGAUAAUCAAUCACUUUAUCUGGAGAAAUAUCUGCAUGAACUAAUUCCGUCGGUAUCAACUUGCAUAGUUUCUCGACAACUUUGCCUAAGGCCUGAAAUGGACAAUCAUUGGGCUUUGAGGGAUUUUGCUGCACGCCUUAUGUCUCAAAUCUGCAAGACUUUCAAUACCUCUACAAAUAAUUUACAGACAAGAGUCACGCGAUUAUUUGCAAAAGCUCUCCAAUGUCCUUCUCAAACGGACAAUGAACCUGGUGCUGGACCAUCAAUGGCUAAUAUGAAAGAAUCGGAAAAGACUCCACUCGCUUCUCUCUAUGGAGCAAUACAGGGGUUAGCAGAACUUGGCCCAGAAGUUGUGAAGGUGUUGAUCUUACCGCGCGUACGGUGGCUGGGCGAGCGCGUGGAGGGCGCGCUGACGGGCACGGGCGGCGCCGACCGCCUGGCCGCCGGCAACCUCAAGCACCAGCUGCUCAAGGUGCUGGCGCCCGUACUGCGCCAGCUGCGCCAGCCGCCCGACCAGCCUGACGAUUACAAGCGCGACUACGGCUACCUGGGCCCGAGCCUGCAGCAGAUGGUGAGCAAGCUGCGCGCGUCGCCGGCGGGCGGCGCGGCGGGCGGCGCCGUGGCCGUGGUCACGUGCACGCCGCCGCUGCUGCCGCCCGCGCCGCCCACGCCGCAUCUGCCGCACUCCGGGCUCGUCUCCAAGACCGUCGAUAGCCUGGGCACCCGUAACGUGAUGAUGAGCGCCGGGGCCGGGCCGCAGUCGCCGUCGCCGGGCACGCCGCCGCCGCAGAAGUUCGUCAUUGUUUCCCAGCCGAAACCGCCACAGAGUCAGCCGGCGAGUAGCGCAGGGCACGCGGCAGUGCACAGCCCGCAGCCCUCGCGGCCCCAAAACGUCCAGUCGGUGGUGGUGACGAGCGGGCCGGCGGGCGCCGCCCCGCCGCCGCAGAAGGUGAUGGUGGUGAGCCUGCCGCCAGCGCCCGCCUCCGCGCCCGUAUCCACCGCGCCCCCGCCCGCGCACUCCUCCGCAGCCGCCUCCUCAAGCCAGGUUAGCCAGGCGCCGGUGUCGGUGGUGGCGAAGCCGGUGUUCGCGCGCGGCGGCAGCGCGCCGCAGCCGCCGCCGCCCGAGCUGGACGACCUGUCGCACCUCGCCUGACGGCCCUCCCGCGCCAACACGCAACCCAACAAGAAAUCCUCCUGACGCGCCGCGUCCAAAUCUUCCUCUACCAGCGAGAAUGCACUUUAAUAUUUUCUCAUUGAUAAUUAUAGCUUGUAAUAUUUGACGAGAGGUCUCUAGCUCUACAUUUAGAUAAUUUAGGUGUUAUAUCUGAGUCUCGGAGUAAUUAACAAUGGAGCCGCCAUUAACAGGCGUUCCCCUCUGUCGAAAAUAGGCGGCCAAUGGUCAACCACAUGUCAACCAUAUGUAUGGACUGACGUUUAUCUGACAUGACGUACCUAUACAUUUGAUGUGCCCCUCCCCCGCAAAAAACGACAGACUAUUUUGUACCGAAAAUUUUAGACAUGGCGUCUCCGUUGGUUAUAUCCUCUAAGAUCUGAGUCCACUUAAGAGUUAAUGGGCUAACGAUCGUGCGAGCAAACGAUAUGAUUUUGUAGUACGACAAGAUAAAAUACACUAAUCUUACUUAUGUCCUAAUUGAAGCAACACAUCACGCGAGCUUACGAACAAAUUUUCCCCGGCGAUAAAAUUGCAUCGUGUGCUCGUUAUUUUUUUUCCUGCUGCUCUAUUUGACUUACUAAAUAAUAAAUAUCGAUUGACUAUGCCAACUUGACACAACAGAAACGCAUCCCUCUAGAUCCUUUGACGCGUUUACAUAAUACAUCUGCGGAUAAUCAAGUAAGGCCCACUUGCACCAUCCCACUAACCCGGGGUUAAGCGGUUAAACCGUUAACCUAGUGU